AUGGUUGAUGAAGAAGCGGCAUAUAACCCAAGAUAUGGGUUUACAGUUAAGUAUGACCCAUUUACACAAUGUGAUCGUUUAUUUUUAAAAAAUUAUAGAUUAAGCAAAGAUUUAGUUAAACAGCUAAUAGCUUUAAUUACACCUUACAUUGAACCAGAAAGAAGAUCGUCAUCUAUAAAACUCUCUGAAAAUGUGUUUUUAGCAUUAAACUUUUUUGCAACGGGAUGCUAUCAAACACCAAUUGGUAACAAUAGGUAUGUGGCUGUAUCACAACCCACUGUUUUCAGAGCUAUUAAUUGUGUGGUUGAGGCAUUGAACCACCCUAGAAUAUUAAAUGAAUGGGUUAAAUUCCCUAACAAUAUGCAAAAGAUCAAGCAAAUUAGGAAUGAGUUUUUUAUUAACACUUUGUUUCCAGGAGUUGUGGGCUGCAUUGAUUGCACACAUAUUGCAAUUGUACCUCCUAACAACCAGAAUGCAGAAAUACCCGAGUAUAUUUAUGUAAACAGAAAAGGUUACCACUCAUUAAAUGUACAAUUGAUUUGUGAUUCUAAACUUUAUAUUUUGAGUGUGAAUGCAAAAUUUCCUGGCAGUACAGCAGAUUCUCAUAUAUGGAAUUCAUCUACAGAUAUAAAAAAUGUCUUAGAGGAAUUGUAUAGACGUGAACACAAAGGCAUAUACUUACUGGGAGAUUCAGGAUACGCCCUAAGACCUUGGCUUUUAACACCAUAUUCUGAAACAGCAACCAACGAAGAAGAAAAAUACAACAAAAUGCAGAUGUCAACAAGAAGUAUAAUUGAGAGGUGUAAUGGUGUAUUAAAGGCUCGGUUCAGGUGUUUAUUGAAGCAUAGGGUAUUACACUAUGCGCCAACAAAAUCAGGAAAAAUUGUAAAUGCCUGUGUUAUUUUACACAAUAUGUGCAUAUUGGCUAAAAUUCCAGUUCCAGACAUGAAUGAUGAAAAUGUGGAAGAAAUUGAUUUUGGAAUUAUAAAUAAUGAUUAUCCUGAAGAUGGCACUCGAAGAAGGAAUCCUGAAUUAGUUGAAAGUAGAAGAAUAAGAGACAAUAUAGCAAGAUGUUUGUACAAUAGGUAG